AUGGAAGAGACCAACCAAACAGAGAUGGUCUGGUUCUUCUUCCGCCCGUUCUCGUCUCAUUUUCAGGUCCAGAUGGUGAUUUUCAUGGCCUUCUUGGCUAUGUAUGUGAUGAGCCUCAGUGGCAAUGCCACCAUCGGUCUUGUGGUCCAGGCCAACCACUCCCUUCACACUCCAAUGUACUUCUUUCUGGCCAAUCUGGCAGUUCUGGAGAUUUUCUAUACGUCGGCGAUCGCACCAUUGGCUUUGGCCAACCUCUUGUCUAUGGGGAAAACCCCGAUUUCUCUCCCUGGCUGUGGCACGCAGAUGUUCUUCUUUGUCUUCCUGGGGGGAGCCGACUGUGUGCUGUUGGCCGUCAUGGCCUAUGACCGAUUCGUGGCCAUCUGCUACCCGCUGAGGUACACCCUCAUCAUGACCCGGCGCUUGUGUGGGCGGCUCAUGGCGGGGUCUCUGGUGCUGGGCUUCAUGCUGUCCCUGCCCCUGACGGUGCUGAUUUUCCGGCUCCCGUUCUGCCACGAUAAUGAGAUUUACCACUUCUACUGUGACAUGCCGGCAGUCAUGCGCCUGGCCUGCACCGAUACGCACACCCACGAGACCGCUCUGUACAUCAUCAGCUUCAUCGUCCUCAUGAUCCCGCUCGCGCUCAUCUCUGUCUCCUACGUCUACAUUGUGGCAGCCAUCCUGCUCAUCAAGUCCGUGGAAGGGCGCCGCCGAGCCUUCUCCACCUGCUCCUCCCACGUCACCGUGGUUCUGCUGCAGUAUGGGUGCACCAGCUUCAUUUACUUAUCUCCCAGCUCCAGCUAUUCUCCGGAACUGGGUCGGGUGGUGUCGGUGGUUUACACUUUUAUCACGCCAAUCUUAAAUCCCCUGAUCUAUAGCAUGAGGAACAAGGAACUGAAAGAUGCCCUUCGGAGAACUCUGGGGAGGUUGUUGUGGGUGCCGUGUAGAUGA